AGGCUAAUUUGUUUUAGGCAAUUAAUUAACUGAAAACGUUACGACAAAAACAGCUUCGUCUUUGGAAUCUCCGGCUCUCCAUUUUUCUUCCAGAGAUUCAGGUUCCAUUGUUUGAUAAAAAUUAGUGGACAAUAAAGUGGAAGCAGUAUGAGUCUCACGGGGGCUUCCAUGGGUUCUGUUGCUGGAACUGCUCGAAGGGCAUUUGAGUUUGGACAGACUUAUGUUGUGAAGCCCAAAGGUAAACACCAGGCAACCAUUGUCUGGCUGCAUGGCCUUGGGGACAAUGGUUCGAGCUGGUCCAACCUCUUGGAGACCCUUCCUCUUCCAAAUAUUAAAUGGAUCUGCCCAACUGCCCCCCAACGACCAAUAACUCUAUUUGGAGGCUUUCCAUCUACUGCCUGGUUUGAUGUCAAUGACCUUUCUGAAAAUGCUAUUGAUGAUAAUGAGGGUUUGGAUGCUUCAGCAGCAUAUGUGGCAAGUUUGUUGGCUACAGAGCCCCCUCAUAUCAAACUUGGGGUCGGAGGCUUCAGCAUGGGUGCAGCAACCUCCCUUUACUCUGCCACUUGCUUCGUCUGUGGGAAGUAUGAGAAUGGCAACUCGUACCCUGUCAAUCUGAGUUCAGCUGUUGGAUUAAGUGGCUGGCUUCCCUGUGCAAAGACUCUCACUAACAAAUUAGAAGGGAUGGAGGGGGCUGUAAACCGUGCUACAUCAUUGCCGAUUCUUCUUUGUCAUGGCAAAGGAGAUGAUGUUGUUCCAUAUAAAUUUGGUGAAAAAUCUUCUCAGAAGUUACGUUCAUGCGGAUUUCAAGAUAUGACAUUCAAAUCCUACACCGCACUUGGCCACUAUACAAUCCCAGAGGAGAUGGAUGAAGUUUGUGCUUGGCUAACUUCAAAGUUGGGGCUUGAGGGAAAAUCAUAAGUUGCACUUCUGUUGGGCAACUUUUCGUAUGCUCACUUAUUGCACAAAUAUGGAGAAUCAGCAUUAUCACUGUUAAUGUGUUGAAGAAGCAUUGAAAAUUUGCAGAAACGCGAACUGACUGAUUCACCUUCUAAUAUUCUGCGACUUUACAUUGUUCAGCGGUCAUUUUAUGCCUACUGCUGUAUUAUCUGAUCCCGGUGAUAACGAUGUUUUGGGUGUUUAUUCUUAGUACUAUUUGAUAAGAGAUAAAUUAUGCCUAUUGACAUGAUUUACUUGGGCAAUUUAGUAGUAUAUGGAAGCCAAAAAUUCCCUGUUGCUGUGAUUGAA